GAGAAGCUAACGGCAUCGGUACCGACACACUCACACACUCUGUGGACUUAUUCCUUCUCUUAAUGCAAAAUGCUCUCAUGACACAUGGAGGUUCCUAAUUUGACAGACAUGUGACAGACAGUUCUUGGGAGAGUUUUCCACUGAGGGCGGUGAUGUCAAAGCGAGCAACAGGUGGGCGGGGCAAAGGGGAGAGAUCUGAUGCCAUGGCAACCCUACAGACUGCGAAUGAGGAGCUCCGUGCCAAACUGACAGAGAUCCAGAUAGAACUUCAGCUGGAGAAGAACAAGGUCAGUCGUUUAGAGAGAGAGAAGCAGCAGGAGCUGCGAGCGGAACAUCACCGGGCGGCCGUGGCCAUCACUGACCUGAAGACCAAACUUCAUGAGGAAAAGCAGCGAGAAAUUGCUGCCACCAGAGAAACGUUGCUGCGACAGCAUGAAACUGAGUUGAUGAGGGUCAUCAAGAUCAAAGACACUGAGAUUCAACGUCUGAAUGGACUUGUGGUCACUGUGCGAGACCUGUCCAGUGACAAGGCCAGAACCAGCCUGCUCACUGAGGUGGAGGAAAUGAGAAAGAACUGGGAGGUGGAUCGCACGCGUCUUCAACAGGAGGUCCAGGAGCAAAGAGUUGCCAGGAAGUCAACAGAAGAAGCUCUGGCCGCUGCUCAGCAGUCCUGUCUCGCCCGAGCAGCAGAACUCAGAUCUGCUCACCACCAACACCAGGAAGAGCUGAAUAGAACAAAGAGAGACAGUGAGAAAGAGAUUCGGCGACUGAUGGAUGAGAUAAAGCUGAAGGACAGAGCGGUCAGUGUGCUGGACAAAGCCCUGGGUCUUCAGGCUGGACACGCCCACCGCCUCCAGUUGCAGACUCAGGCAGCUGAGCAGCAAAUAGCUGCACUGAGAGAUGCUCAGAGGGCGGGGCUACAUCUACCUGGACACGCCUCCAACCCCUCCCCCCAUAGUCUUCUUCACAUUUCACAGGAGGACCGUGACACUCGCAGGUUUCAGCUGAAAAUCGCUGAGCUCACAUCCAUCAUCAGGAAACUGGAAGACAGAAAUUCUCUGUUGUCUGAGGAGCGCAACGAGUUGCUGAAGCGGCUGCGAGAGACCGAGAGUCAGUUUCUCCCGCUUUUGGACAAAAACAAACGCUUGACAAGGAAAAACGAGGAUUUGUCACUGGAACUCCGUCGCCUUGACAACAGGCUGCGCUCUAUCACCCAGGAGACCCUGGUAACUAUGAGGAGACCCUGCUCUCUUAAUGACCUGGACCGCAGCCACAGUAGAACCUACCAUGGCUACAGUCACAGCAGCAGCUACCAUGGAUACAGUCACGAUGAGGAAGAGAUGGAGUUUCUUCGGCUUCAGGUUCAUGAGCAGCAGCAAGUUAUAGAGAAUCUAUCCAAGGCUCUAGAGACAACAGGAUAUGUCAAACACGUCAUUGAAAGGGACGUAUUGUUUAGAACACGACGCACAGAAACUUUCAGGAGAAGAACGUUCCGAUCCAGAGUGAUAGAGACAUUUUUCGGCUAUGAUGAAGAAGCAUCCGUGGACUCUGAUGGAUCGUCUUUGUCCUUUCACACCGACAGAACUCCUGAUACUGAGCCUGAAGAGGUUCACGAGGAGGGGGACCUUCGUUACCGCCAGCUGACUCAGGAGUACCAGGCUCUCCAGCGAGCGUACGCUCUGCUGACCGAGAGCAGUGGGGGGGAGUACGACGCUGAGAAAGAGAUCAAGACCAGGCAGCAGCUCCUGGAUGAAAUCAGAAGCUACGAAACUAGAGUUGCAGAUUUGGAGUCCGAACUGAACCAACAAGGACGGGAUGUUCAGUGGGUGAAGGAAAAACAUCUGCUCUACCAAAAGAAUCAUCAGCUGCUGGAGAAGUUGAGGCAGAUGGAAGGUGAAGAUCUGCGUCUGAAAGACGAGCUGCAGGACCUGAGAGACCAGAAUGAAUUGCUGGAGUUCAGGAUCCUAGAGCUGGAGGAGAGGGAGCGUCGGUCACCUGGUAUGACCUUCCCGCUCAAUUUCCCUGAAGGGCUCAGUCCUCUGCAGAUCUUCUGCGAAGAAGAAGGAGUGGCUGACGUUGUCAUAAGUGAGCUAAUGAAGAAGUUGGACAUUCUUGGAGACAAUGCUAAUUUGUCCAAUGAAGAGCAGGUGGUGGUGAUUCACGCCAGGACGGUUCUGACUCUGGCGGAGAAGUGGCUUGAAUCUGUCGAGGUCACAAAGUCGUCUCUGCAGCAGAAGAUGUUGGACAUCGAGAGUGAGAAGGACCUAUUCAGGAAGCAAAAAGGAUAUUUGGAUGAAGAGCUGGACUACAGGAAACAGAUGAUGGAUGAGGCACACAAGAGGAUCCUGGAGCUGGAGGCCAUGUUGUUUGAGGCUCUUCAGCUUGAAGAUGCUUCCAAAAGUGAAGGACUGAAGGGGGAGGAACGUCGCCUGUCGGAUAUUCUGACUGACCAACAGAGGGAGCAACUGAGGAGCUCAGUGGAUCAGUGGAGACGAGCAGUGAUGUGUGAGCUGCGAGAACGCGAUGCUCAGAUUCUCCAUGAGAGGAUGCAGCUGCUCCAGCUGACUCAGCAGCGAAACAAGGAGCUGGAGGAAACACUCGAUGCUCAGAAACGACAGAUUAAAGAACUGGAGGAGAAGUUUCUUUUUCUCUUUCUGUUUUUCUCCCUCGCUUUCAUCCUUUGGUCCUAACGUGUUCGGAUGCUGGAGUCCGGUCCAGAUCAAAGUACUGGACCUACCACCCUGGACUCGCCAACACAGUGUCAGACCUGUACUGACCUCCAUGAUUCUGGUGCAAGUUUACUGAAGCGCUGCAGGACUUGAACCUGGUUUCAGUAUUUAUCACUCUUGUUGAUGAAACAGGUUUAUCUAACCAGGUUAAAUUAACCAGGUAAAUAGACUUAUAUCAUGGUUUCGUACUUCCUUGUGAUGACUUUGCGUCCCGUGUCAACCCAGUUGAUGCAGAUGGUCUAGCAGUAUUUAAUCGUAAAUGAUGAAAUUAUAUUAUUUAUUCUUCUCAGUGUAUCUUGACUGGACAGGUUUGUUUUUAUGUAAAAAAAAAAUCUUUGAUAUUUUUUUACCCUCAAAUGUCAGACAUGAAUAUUAAAAAUGCUUUAAUAUAUUGGAGUGUUUGGGAGGAAUUGAUGUGUGAAUGUGUGUCUGAUAGCAUGCCUGUACGUGUGUGUGCUGCAAAUGUGACAAAUGAAUUUAGU